AUGGUGGGCCAGCAGAGCGACCAUGGUGGGCCAGCAGAGCAACCAUGGUGGCCAGCAGAGCGACCAUGGUGGCCAGCAGAGCGACCAUGGUGGGCCAGCAGAGCGAUCAUGGUGAGCCAGCAGAGCGACCAUGGUGGCCAGCAGAGCGACCAUGGUGAGCUAGCAGAGCGACCAUGGUGGGCCAGCAGAGCGACCAUGGUGACCAGCAGAGCGACCAUGGUGGGCCAGCAGAGCGACCAUGGUGGGCCAGCAGAGCGACCAUGGUGGGCCAGCAGAGCGACCAUGGUGGCCCAGCAGAGCGACCAUAGAGGGCCAGCAGAGCGACCAUGGUGGGCCAGCAGAGCGACCAUGGUGGGCCAGCAGAGCGACCAUGGUGGGCCAGCAGAGCGACCAUGGUGGGCCAGCAGAGCGACCAUGGUGGGCCAGCAGAGCGAACAAAGCCAAACACAAACUAGGAGCGGCGGAGCGACGUGCGCGGUCUUCGGCAGCACCACCAGCGCCGCAGACACCGCCAGCAGCACCAAGAGGACGAGCACCGCCGCAGACACCGCCAGCAGCACCAGGAGGACGAGCACCGCCGCAGACACGGCCAGCAGCACCAGGAGGACGAGCACCGCCGCAGACACCGCCAGCAGCACCAGGAGGACGAGCACCGCCGCAAACACCGCCAGCAGCACCAGGAGGACGAGCACCGCCGCAGACACCGCCAGCAGCACCAGGAGGACGAGCACCGCCGCAAACACCGCCAGCAGCACCAGGAGGACGAGCACCGCCGCAGACACCGCCAGCAGCACCAGGAGGACGAGCACCGCCGCAGACACCGCCAGCAGCACCAGGAGGACGAGCACCGCCGCAGACACCGCCAGCAGCACCAGGAGGACGAGCACCGCCGCAGACACCGCCAGCAGCACCAGGAGGACGAGCACCGCCGCAGACACCGCCAGCAGCACCAGGAGGACGAGCACCGCCGCAGACACCGCCAGCAGCACCAGGAGGACGAGCACCGCCGCAGACACCGCCAGCAGCACCAGGAGGACGAGCACCGCCGCAGACACCGCCAGCAGCACCAGGAGGACGAGCACCGCCGCAGACACCGCCAGCAGCACCAGGAGGACGAGCACCGCCGCAGACACGGCCAGCAGCACCAGGAGGACGAGCACCGCCGCAGACACCGCCAGCAGCACCAGGAGGACGAGCACCGCCGCAGACACCGCCAGCAGCCUCGCCCCAGUCUUUAAGGAGUUAGCCUCCCCCAGGGGAGGAGGGGCGCCGGGGUCUAGGGACUGGAGGGGAGACUCUCUCAGCUGCGACUCACAACGGUGUGGAAACUGUCAUUCAAUUACAAACUUAAUCCUCUCCAAGAACCUGCUCAACUCUCUUCUCUCUCGCCCCUCCACUAUACUG